AUGUUCAGGAAUCAAUACGACAGUGAUGUUACGGUGUGGAGUCCCCAAGGCAGACUCCACCAAGUGGAAUAUGCUAUGGAAGCUGUAAAACUUGGUUCUGCUACAGUGGGCUUAAAAAAUAAAACUCACGCCGUUCUCGUUGCAUUAAAAAGAGCCUCUUCAGAACUUGCUGCCCAUCAGCAAAAGGUAAUCCCUAUCGACGAGCAUAUUGGAAUUGCUAUUUCUGGUCUAACAGCAGAUGCAAGAAUACUGAGUCGAUAUAUGAGAACUGAGUGUUUAAAUCACAAGUACUCUCAUGAUUCAUAUUUGCCAGUAAGCAGGCUCAUUUCUCAAUUAGGAAACAAGAUGCAGGUAUGUACCCAACGUUAUGAUCGCAGGCCUUUUGGAGUAGGUCUCUUAGUGGCUGGUUAUGAUGACCAAGGACCCCACAUUUAUCAAACCUGUCCUUCUGCAAACUAUUUUGACUGCAAGGCAAUGGCAAUUGGAGCCAGAUCUCAAAGUGCUCGUACAUACUUGGAAAAACACCUAGAUCAGUUGUCUUCCAGUUCUCUAGAAGAACUCAUAAAACAUGGUUUGAGAGCCCUGAGGGACACCCUACCAAACGAAGUGGAGUUGAGCGUUAAAAAUGUAUCUAUUGCAUAUGUGGGAAAAGGUGUUCCCUUUACAAUUGUGAAUGAAACCGAUACAGGAAAGUAUCUGGGAAUGAUUGAAGGCGAAGAAAGAAGAGGGGGUGGUGGCCCACCUGAUAGGCCAGCAGAGCCUUUAAGAGACGAUGCGGGGGACCAAGAUCAACCACCAGAACCCAGGCCAUCAGUAGCUAUGGAAACAGAGUAAGGGAUUACAAAAAAGAUAUUGCAUUUGAGCUUAACACUCAGAAAACUUUUUGUAAUUUUUUCAAAAUUAUGUUUCUGCCGUGGCUACUGUUGAAUUAAUUUUAAUAACAGUAGUCACGGCAGAAUACGAAAUUAAAUUGUCUACGUAUUUUUUAAGGUAACGAAGUUGGGUAUGCUUUUCAACGUGUUUAAUAAAUAAUUCAUUAUU